AUGUUCACCACAUCGCCAAUCUUCAAGGAGCGAGCGUUGGCACGCGGAAAAUCGAUUUACCCUAAAAUCAAGACAUUUUCCGAGAUUUUACCGCUUGCCGGGAAAAAUCGUGUGCAAGCUGGGCAAAAGCAAAGAGCAGCCAGUGAGUUUCAGGGAUUUUCAAUUUGAAAAAUGAGAUUUUCUUAGAAAAAACGUAAAUUUUGCCAAUUAAUCACAAAAAACGUGAUUUUUCACCGGAUUUCUCCCAAAAACCCGAAUUUUCAGGCUCUUCUUGCACUCAAGAACUUCAAGCAUUAUUCGGUUGUUUGAAAAAAUGGGAAUUUGACGAUAAACCAUGUGCCAAACAACAUUCUUCUUAUAUGGAUUGUGUUCAUAAAGGAGCGGAAGAAGCUGCCGAAUAUAUGGAAGCUGCUAAGAAAGUAUGGGUUUUUGGGGAUAUUUUGGGUAAAAAUUAUAUUAAAAUUCGUGUUUUUGAGUGAAAUUUUCACGAAAAAUCAAUAAAUUUCACAGGGAACUCUUGGAGAUGGCGGAAGUUCGGGAAAAUCGAUGACAAGUGCGCAAUUCAAUAAAAUCAUGAAACUUUUCCCACAACCCGAUUUGGGACAACAACCCUAUCGACAAAUGAAACGACUUCCGACACAAAGUUAUGCCGAAGACACGUUUCAUCGAAAACAUUGGGCUGGAAAACGGAGUUAG